GUCCAACUGAUGGAGGCUCAUUUUGGGUUGCCUUCGGCCCAUUUAUUGUCGACAUUCUUCCAAAAAACCCUCCAAAGCGUCUUCGAGGAUGACACCGAAUACAACGAUGUGGCCAAGAGGGUCUCAUUAGGCUCGAUGGCAGCCAAAUUCGUGACGGACGUGGAUCAUCUCAGAAAUGAGUACUUCCAAAAUUUACUCGCUCGACUUCUGGAACGUCGCUGUCCCGAUAGCGACAUCGAGUGGUUCGCACUGGAUCAACUCCAAAUGGCACUCGGGAAACCUUUUACGGUCGACAUGUCGAGACUUCUCGAGGACAUAAGUCAGAGCAGGGAUCUCAAUCGCUUCUUCAAAGAGUAUCGCUCCAAACGGGACAAGAAUAAAGCACAAUCAUACGAUUACGAACUCGAAAUGAUUGUCGUCAGCGCUCAGUAUUUGAAACCUAAAGCCUCGUCUUCGCCGCUAGCCUUGCUUCCACCACUGGUUGAAGAAGACAUGGUUUUCUACGGGAAGGCUUUCCUCGCGAAGGACGAGAAGCGCCGAAGUGAGCCAAAAGGAGCGAAUAAGUCGCUAGGGAAAAAAAUCACUUGGGACCGCAGCAUGGCUACGGCUGACGUCAAGGCGAACUUCUCACGGGACGGUCGAUCGUACGUCUUGAAAUGUCCUGCUUUCACUGCGAUGGUCCUGCUCCUGUUCCAAAACGAAAACAAGCUGUCCAUCGGAUGCAUACAGAGACAGACGAAAUUGAGUGCUACAGAUCUGAACAGCGCUCUCCGGCAGCUCUUCUUCGCAAAUAUUCUAAGGGAAGAGGAAAACCGAGACGUCGAGAACACAUGCUGCGAAGUAUCCUUGAACUUCGACUUCAAAUCCCCGUCGAAAGUGGUGCACCUCGAUGAGUCCCGAGUCGCAAAACCUGUAUUAAAACCUGCCAGCGAUGCCGAGAAGCAGAUCUAUACAGAAGCUCUGCUGAUGAGGAUUCUUAAGAGAUCGGAAAGCCUCAAUUGCGACGCAUACAUAGAUCAAGCUCUGAAAGCCAGUCGCAUGGACAUCGAUCUCGAUAUCAUUUCGAAAAGCCUCCGGACACUCGUGGAGAGGGGUUACAUAGAACGUCGAGGGUCAUCGUAUCAUUACUUGGCUUGAUGGGACCAUUGAACGACCCUCUCAUCCAUCAACCCGAGGCUCUGUCGAGCUUAAAUAAUGUCACACGCUGCUUUAAUAAACCUAAUCUAGAGGAGGAAGGCAUCGUGAUCUCCUUGUCUGGGCCGCGAUUUCCACUUCGGGGGCUCGGAGAGUCGGGCUCCAACACGUUUUCUGUAUCCUUCGCUCGAUCGCCUCCCCGUGUCAGGAUGCUCGCGCAUCCGUCGUCGUGCUGACAAUCGGAGCGAACUCAAGACCAAUGUAUUAUUCAGCUAGGCGACACUUGGACGGGUUCAACUAGAUAUCGGUUUCCCCCUCCUGACUUUCAUUUAAAUGCGAGAAUCAUCUUGUGUAGACCUGGGGUCAGGCUCAUGUUUGAGACCAUCAUCUUUGUGCGCGAGCGCCCCUAUUCAGCACAACAUCACAACCGGUAAGAGUCUUCCGGAUUGAUUUGAUGUUCAGCGGCUCUAGACUCUAGAGGUCCGACUCCACCAAUCUUCUGUAUCCCGUUGUAUAAUACUAGUUCAGAGCUGGAGUUGCGCGUAAUCGCGUCAACUCUCUCGAAAUGUCAAUUUGCUUAUUAUGUACCGAUUAAUUCAGAACCGAUUUAUCACUGUCAAUAAAUUCUACCAU